AUAUAUUAUCAAGGUACUGGUCAAUAGGAGUUCGGGGCUGGGUGUUUGGCGAAGCAGGAAGGUCUACGGCAGUGUGUUAUAUUAUAUGUAGUAAGGCGUUUUGUUCUCACUGAAGCGUUCUGUUGAACUGUAGCUCUAUGAACGGCGAGCGUAAUCAAUUCUACUGAGUGGCCGAUUUAUUGAAAGACAUUUACGUGGAGAGAAGUGAACGGCACGAUGGACAGGCGAAAAUUAUCGACAUCUGGUGAUACACUUUAUGUAAUUUUGGGUCUCCCAAAGACAGCUACAGCAGAAGAUGUCAAAAAGACAUAUAGGAAACUUGCCUUAAAAUACCAUCCUGAUAAGAAUCCAAAUAACCCAGAAGCUGCUGAACGGUUCAAGGAAGUAAAUCGAGCACACAGCAUAUUGAGUGAUUUGACAAAAAGGAAUAUAUAUGACAAUUAUGGCUCUUUGGGCUUGUAUAUAGCAGAACAGUUUGGAGAAGAAAAUGUGAAUGCCUACUUCCUAGUUACAUCUGGAUGGUGCAAGGCUUUGAUAAUUUUCUGUGGCAUCAUAACUGGUUGCUACCUCUGCUGUUGCUUUUGUUGUUGCUGUAACUUCUGCUGUGGAAAAUGUAAACCACCUCCACCUGAAGAUAGUGGAGAGUAUCACACAUUGCACAGGAAUGCUGGAUCCGGAGCAGCUGAUGGUGUCGUAUCGGAGCAGCCUCAUUCUUCAAAGAAACAGGAGGAUAUAAGCGAUGAUGAAGCUGGACCAGCUGUAACUUCUCAGCCUACUGGUACAAGUGCUGUGUUUGUUGCGUCUGCCCCUGAUAAUGCAACGGAGAAUACAUCACUGAACCCAGCAGAAAAAGUGACAUAUACACCUGGGUUGUCAGAGAAGGGGUCUCCAUCACACAUAGCACAAACAGCACAGCCUCAACAGCAGUCAAAAUGGUAAUGGGGGAGUACCCUAGUUCUGCAGGUAGACGUGUACAAGAAACUGAGGAAAAUAAGUUGACGUACAGUGGCAGUGUCUGAUAAACUUUGUACUUAUAAGAACUACAGCCCUUCAUUCCUGUUAUAAUAUAAUUAUUAUCAUCAUCGAGAGUUGACGUGUUAUUUCAUUUAACUACAUGCUUGUGAUUGAUUUAUCUUUAGUGGCACCAGACAUUAGUCACAAUGAGAAGUAAGCAUUUUUUAAAUCUGGGAAAUAGCUAUUUUUACUUCCACCCUCAAAAUAAUGAUGUACAUUCAGUGACAUGCUUGCUUGUUGCUAUGCUCACUUAAUUUUACUCUAGUCACAUGCAGUGUGGAAAUGUAUAGGGGAAUCUCACAAAUUUAACACUACCCCUGUUAAUCAAGUAAGUAACUUCUGUGGUUGUAUCUGGGUGCAUCUGUAAUUAACUAUUACAUUGAGUGUGUAAGAGAGAAUAGGAUUGAACGUUGAGAGGGCCAAAAUUUCCUGUUGUUUAGAAUUGUUAGUUUGUAUGUGAAUGUAGCAGUUGUAUUGUUAUGCCUGGAAAGAAAUGUGAAUUAAUGCAACAAGAACAUCUGUUGGAAGUAAAUGCAUUUGAUUUUAGGAUUAGUUAUAUCCUAUAAGAAAGUAAGUGGGGAAAAAAGUGUCACAGGUUUGAAUGGUCUUCCAAGAAUUCCAAAUAAAUUUACAGAAGACUUUGUUAAAUUACCUACAGUUGAAUUGUUGGCGACUAUCAGUCUGUUUGGAAGAAUCAGUUUUACCAUUAGCUACUUAGUAGUAAUGUAUAGACUGUAAGCUGCCAAAUGAAAUGCAUAUGUUCAAACUUGAUUUCUGAAAAUUCAGCAGAGACUGAAAAUAUUAACUCUGUAAAAUUUACAAUCAGAAUUUGUUUGUUGCAUACAACAAAUUGAAACUGUCCUUCAAAGUAAUAAUUAUCGACAAUUAGUGUUCUCAGUUUAUUUUCUGAGGCACAGUAAAUUAUUCACUUUCAGUCAUUGUUCAAGGGCAGGAUAUGCUUCAGUCUUCUCUGGCUUUGCAGAUAAUUGUGAUUGUAUUUACAUCAAUUACCACUGUGAGUCAUUUAUCAGAAAUGCUUGGAUGUUAAAAUUUAACAACACUUCGUUGUCAAGUACUACAUGUUUAUUUUGUGAGCAGAUGUAUAUUACUGUGUAUAAAUUUUGGUAUUGUAAAAACUGUAAAUUUAACUUAACUAAUAAAUACACACUUUUUUAAAUA